ACCCGCCUUCGCCGCCUCUUUCCUCUCUUGCCCAUACUGGAGUAGGGAGGAUAACCCCGCUGCGCAGGCGCAGUUCGGGCAAGGAAGGCGAAUCCGUGCUGACCAUGCAGGGGGAACCAAAUCCAUCCGAGUCCCUCAUUGACCGGACCAUCAAGAUGAGGAAGGAAACGGAAGCGAGGAAGGUCCUCUUGGCCUGGGGAUUUCUCAACCUGUCACUCGCUGGCAUGAUCUACACGGAAAUGUCUGGAAAACUGAUAAGUUCCUACUACAAUAUCUCGUGCUGGAUCCUCUGGUAUAUUGAACUUGGCUUUGCCUCUCUGUUCAGCCUCAACGCCUUGUUCGAUUUCUGGAGAUACUUCAAAUAUACCAUGGCCCCUACCAGCUUAGUGAUGAGUCCUGGCCAACAGACGCUUCUGGGGUUGCAGAACGCAGCGGUCCAGACUACGCCGCCCCGCGAGUUGGUGCCCAAGAAGACGCCCCCUUCGACCCCCUCCCCUCCCAUCCAGGGCCAGAGCGUCCUGAGCUACAGCCCUUCCCGCUCACCCAGCACCAGCCCCAAAUUUGCAACCGGUUGCAUCUCCGGAUACAGUCCUCAGCUGCAGGCCAUGUCGGGAAGCAGCGGGUCCUACGGUACGGCGGCAAGUUACUCCCCAGGAAGCAACUACAGCAAGGUUCCCCCACUCAGUCCUUCUCCGGGGCCCUUGAUGUACCCCACUAGCAUUGGGCCCAUGGAUAGCAGCGGGAUGAGAUCCAGAUACCGCUCCUCGCCUACCGUCUACAACUCUCCCACGGGAAAAGCUGACUACAUGACGGAUUUGAAAUCGCUCGACAGCUUCCUUCGAAACGAGGAGGAGAAACAGCACAGGGUGCAGCUGGGCAGUUCGGAUUCGGGCUCUCCUUCAAACAGUCCGACUUUUUGGAACUACGGUCGCUCCAUGGCUGACUACGCCCAGAUGCUCCGGAAAUUCCAGUACCAGCCGGCCUGCAGGUCCCAGGCCCCCUCGGCUCACAAGGACGAAGCCGAUCUGAGUUCCAAGCAAGCCGCCGAAGAGGUCUGGGCACGGGUGUCGAUGAGCAGACAGCUGUUCGAUCAUAUGGAUUCUUGGACUGCCAAAUUCAGAAAUUGGGUCAACGAGACAAUUUUGGUGCCGCUGGUUCAAGAGAUUGACUCUGUAAGCACUCAGCUGCGGAGAAUGGGGUGUCCAGAGCUGCAGAUUGGAGAGGCCGGCCUGAGUAGCCUGAAGCAAGCUGCUUUGGUGAAAGCUCCCCUUAUCCCGACCCUGAACACAAUAGUUCAGUACUUGGAGCUGACCCCAAAUCAGGAAUAUUUAGUAGAAAGGAUCAAAGAGCUUUCCCAAGGCGGCUGCAUGAGUUCGUUCAGGUGGAACCGAGGCGGAGACUUCAAAGCGCGCACCUGGGAUACUGAUUUACCCACGGACUCCGGAAUCCUUAUGCACGUAUUCUGCACGUAUCUUGACUCCAGGCUGCCUCCCCAUCCGAAGUAUCCCGACGGGAAAACCUUCACCUCCCAGCAUUUCAUUCAAACCCCUGAUAAACCAGAUAUGACGAACGAGAAUUUGUUCUGCGUCUAUCAGAGCAGCAUCAACCCUCCCCAUUAUGAGCUGAUUUAUCAACAACAGGUCUACAAUCUUCCUAAGGGCAGAAACAACCUGUUUCACACUCUGCUUAUGUUCCUGUACAUCAUCAAGACCAAGGAAUCGGGGAUGCUUGGGCGAGUCAACCUCGGAUUAUCUGGCGUGAACGUUCUCUGGAUUUUUGGAGACUAGCUGGGUUUUUUUUCCCCCCCGGCCACGAACUCUUUUUUUUAACUCCGAGAGGAUAAAUUCCAUCCCUAGGAUGAGAAUUUAGCUCUGUACUGCCUUGAAUUUCACUGCCAUACGAAGAAAAAAGGUGCUUUAUUUUUAUUUUUACAACAACGGAAGAGUCGCGAAAAAUCAUAUUUUUCAUGCCGUUUCUGCACAGGAGGUUUAAACCGAAGGAACGUUGAAUUACCUUACUCGAUAAACGGAAUUGCUUUUUUUUGAAAAAUUUCGGAGUAAAUCAGCCUGAAGGGAAUCUGGUUUCCUUCCCUCCAUUGAUCAGAACCCCAAAUCACACUUUUGAACCAAAUCCGGACUCCCUAAAUGCCCUAAGGAUUUAUUGCUUCUCUACAACCGAUACUUUAAAUAAUAACACUAAUCGGAAAAACCCGAAAAGGAUAUAUUUUAAAAAUCAGGAUCCUGUGCCGUUUGGCUUCUCCUUUUCACCUGUGCUUUUUUUGACGGCUAGCAAUGAAAAGUCGUAACGCGUUUUGUCUUACUUGGUGGGCGUGGUUUUCAAUGAAAAUAUUCCUUAUUCCCAGAGCCGCCGUUUAGAUCUGGUUUCACUUUGAGAACACUCCGAAACAUGAUUUUUAAAACUUUUUUUUUUUAAAGGUAUUUUUGAACAGGAUUGGGGUGGGGUUUUAUUUUGUUUUUUUGCAGGAUUUUUGAAAAAUUGAACUUCACGCCGUCAAUUCCAUCAAGAGAUCUUUCUGGGGGAAAAAAAUACGUUUUUUUUUUUCCUUCUUCUAACUAGACAAUGGAAGAAGAGACGUUGUUAGAAUAAUGUAUAUAGUUUUUUUCCAAUAGCUAUAACAGUAUUUCUCAAGUUUAAGAUAGGGGGACUUUCCAGCUCCCAGAAUUCCCCCUAUCUUAAACUUGCCAAAAUUGACAAAGGCAUACAACAGUGUUGGUGAACCUUUCCGGCACAGAAAUGGGAGCGCAUAUGCGUGUGGGGGGGACCACCGGAAACCAGAAGAGCAGCUUCCCGGCGUGCAUGAACGCGCUGGGAAGCUGAGCUUCCGGUUUCCGGCAUGGGCAUGCACGCCGAUCACGUGGUCUUCCAGUUUCUUGCACGCAUGCACGUGUGAAGACCAGCUGGCUGGCACGCAUGUGUGCACCAGAAACCGGAUAGCUCAGCUUCCCGGUGCGCGCAUGCACGCCAGGGAGCUGCUCUUCGGUUUCUGGGUGUUUCCACAUGCGCAAACACCAGCUGGCUGGCGCGCAUGUGCACGCUGGAACCUGGAAGAGUGACGGCUGGUGUGCCCGGAGAAAUGGCUCUGCGUGCCACUUCUGGCACGCGUGCCAUAGGUUCAUCAUCACGGGCAUACAAGAAUCCCUGCCAUACAAGCAUUCGCACCCGAGGCUGCAGGGAAAAAAAUACCUAGCUUGCGAAUAUCUUGAUGGGAAAUCCCGCAAUUAAUUUUCCUCCAAAAUAACACUCACCCGAGCGGAAAAAUGAAUUGCAUCCUUCGUCACCCCGCGAUGAGCGAAAGGUUUAAAAACUACCUCUUUACUACGGCGGCCGUGGGACUCAUAAAAGCGAUAUAAAUCUUACCCGCUUCUCUUCAAAGCAACUUUUUAAAAAGGUGAUAUUUUUUUUUGCUAAUAUUCCACUGAAAGAUUAGCAACUGCAAUGCUGUGCUUUUUUUACAAACUUUUUGCUCCGCGUCUUAAGACGUCCUGCGCUACCAAACGUUAACCCGAGUUGUGUUUCUCGCUGGGUUGCAACCUGAUCGUAAAGCAAGGCAAGUUGCCUUAACGCUGUUUGUGUGUUGUGUUACACUCAAGUACAAGCAAGCUAGUGUGAUAUUGGCCAGGGAUGUGUCUUGCAGCUGGGGGAAAUGAUAUUUUGUCAUUGUGGGUCUUCCUUGUCAGUGCCGAGAUAUUUUGGGGGGAGUGGGGGAGUCUUGGUACUGAUAUUAAAUGGAAUUAUUUUGGUUAA